UCGGACUGAAGAUGAGCGUUGUUGUAGUAUUCCGCUGUCAUUCAUAACGUAAACAUACCUUUUGAGACAAAUAGAGCUCCAAGAUUUAGACGAUGUUGAAUUUCGGGUUUGCUCCGAUUCUGAUUGCCGUGCUGGGACUUGCGAUUGAAUCGGAUGCGGGCGCAUUGAAUAUAACAACUAUUUAUCGGGAUUAUUUGCAGAACAUGAUUGAUGCCAUAGACGUGAGCGUUGCACCUUGUGAUAACUUUUUCCUACACGCGUGUGGCAAGAUGAACUUUAAUGUCACGACUGUAGGAGAUAAGCAGUCACAGGAGGAAUAUCAACGUUCGCAACGCAUCCCACCGUUUCUCUACAACCACCAAGAUUAUUAUGAAUUUUUCGAAAGUCAAAAAUCGAAGUUCAACACCCAACCGGGUGUGCUGGUACGAGAUUUAUAUGACCUCUGCAAAGAGGCAAACAUUGAGAAGGUUGGACCGCGUCGUAUCUGGUUGUAUAUGAUUAAUGACAUUCCCGUGAUGGAAAACGAUCGUCACCUGCUACGCAAAUGGCCUUUCCUGCAAUAUCAAUGGGAGACAUAUGAGCGCCAGUUGGACUUGAGCUGGCCACUGUUGGCGGGGGAAUUUGCUGCCCAUGGUUUUGAGAUAUUCUUUAAUAUCUUCUUUGCGGAAAACACAAUCUACAUUACACGCAACAAGGAUUUCCUAUGUCCAAGUCUGGAAAAAUUCCAAGAUUCGCUGAAGCCGCUACUUCGGCAAAGAAAUCCUCAAAUCGCCACAAUUACGGGCAAUGAAAUGUGGCAUUUUUGUCGCCAGUUGAAAGGCGAGAUUCCUCUGUCCCACGAAACUCUGGAGAUGACCGAUUUUCUGUUGGAUGAAACCAUGAGCGACUUUCUGCAGCGUUACUUUGCCCGCCUCAAUCUAACGGAUGAGGAUAUUGAAGGGGCACGUAAAAUUGUGGUCAAUGUCCACAUUUUGAGCGAAAUGAUGGCGGUGCUGAAGGCGACCAAUCCUCGCAUUGUUUACAAUUAUGUCGUCUGGCAUGUGUAUCAGCAGCUAAUGGACAUGAACGAUUGCUUUUCGCUGGCGGACGAGUUCCAAUAUUUGCUGCAAGCAGAAUACUGGCAGUGGUCCGCCUUUGAAGAUCAUUUCCGGCGUGAGGUUGCCAUGGCCACAUUCCUCUUUCAUACAACACGUUUCCAACGUUAUUAUCGCAAUGGCGUUACCAGCUCAUCGGUGGAGCGUUUAUUUCAGAAUCGUUCUCAACGCAAAGAUCUCAACAUCGAGAGAUCCAUACGCAGCUAUGCCAAAGAACUACAAAAUCCCGAGAAAUUCUCUUCCAUAUAUGAGGUGAUCGAGUCGAGGAACAUGAUCCACAAAAUGAAAUUCUACACAAAUCUCGUGGAAAUAAGAAGACUAUCGAUUCGCCAUUCUUUCUACAAUUCAUAUGUGGACCAGGAAGAUAUGAACUUUUUCCAGGAAUUUAUAAAUUUCUGUAUUCUAGUGUUAUACCGACCGCGUCUUCACUAUUUCGCCACCUAUGAUCGAAAAAUGUGGCUGGAUUCAAAGCUACUUGAAAGUUCGGAUGCUUUACUAACGGCCAUGGAUUGUCUAGAUCGCCAGACUCUGCUGCAUGCCGAUGACUAUGGUGAACUGUAUGAAGCGCUGAAAAUCGAACAGGUCACCGAUAUCUACAACUUCUACAAAUCGUUCGUGGAAUCGGUAGCCGAUUAUAACUUUUGGCUGGAGAGCGAAAACUUUGCAAUGGCCGAAGAUUUUAUUUUUGAAUAUUUCCACUUGGACUCGUCGCGCAUUAUGUUCUAUGCAGUAGCUCAGCAGCUGUGCCAGCGUAACGAUGCCCUCUAUAGCGUUGUCAUCAAUCGUAGCUUUAUGAAUAUGCCGGAUUUCCAGCGAGUAUUCGAGUGUAGUGGCAUUGAUCCAAUGAAUCCAUUGACAAAAUGUUUGAACGAUAAAUAAAAAAAUUGCGAUAUUUAA